AUAUAACAAUUAUACGACUCGUGCACUUUCUCCUUCGACGACGAUAACCCAAAACUCGAACCCAAAGUUGAAUACGAAUCACAACACAGACCAAAGACCUCAGCUAAACUCAGAAACCCCAAUUCCGAAACCCUAAAAUCCCCACACCCCAAAUCCCACAGAUCCCCAAACCAUGGCGUAUGUAGAUCACGCAUUUUCCAUUACCGACGAAGACAUAAUGAUGGAGACCUCCUACACCGUCAACAACAAACCCCCAAUCAAAGAGAUCGCUCUCGCCAUCGCCCUCCUCGUCACAGGAACCCUCGGCAUUGUAAUCGGCAGCCUCAUGGCCUACAACCACGUCGGCGGUGACAAAGCUCACGGCUUGUUCUUUGCGAUUCUGGGUGGGAUCCUGUUCAUUCCGGGGUCCUAUUACACGCGGAUUGCUUACUAUGCUUACAAAGGUUACAAGGGCUUCUCUUUCUCCAACAUACCGCCUGUGUAGCAGCUCCUUUACUCUUCACAUGUGGUUCAUGUAUAUGGGGAGCAUUGGCAACAUGGUCUCAUCUACUGGGUGAGACUCUUGUGGACUCAUUGUAGUAUUUUGCACAUUAUCUUUGGUCUUGUCUGCAGUCUACUUUCUGGGUGCCAUUGUUUUUUCUGUUAUACAGUUGCAUGCGAAGCUGCAGUUACUUACUUCUAAGUGAGUUGGUGGCUUUGAAAGAUCCAUUUGUGUUGGAGCUUGUUGAUUGUGUUUGUGUUUCACUUGCCAGUGUCUUGUCCACCUUGUAUGUAUUUUGUUAGGACUUUCACAAAACUAUGUUCUUUAUGAAU